AUGGCUCCCGCUCGUAAGGGAAAGGCUAAGGAGGAACAGGCUGUUGUGUCCCUUGGACCACAGGCCAAAGAAGGAGAGCUUAUCUUCGGAGUUGCUCACAUCUUCGCUUCAUUCAACGACACCUUCGUUCACAUCACCGAUAUUUCCGGACGCGAAACCAUCGUUCGUGUCACCGGAGGAAUGAAGGUCAAGGCUGAUCGUGACGAGUCAUCGCCAUACGCUGCUAUGCUCGCUGCUCAGGAUGUCGCUGACCGUUGCAAACAGCUCGGAAUCAACGCCCUCCACAUCAAGCUUCGUGCCACCGGAGGAACUAGAUCUAAGACCCCAGGACCAGGAGCUCAAUCUGCUCUCCGUGCCCUUGCCCGCGCUGGAAUGAAGAUCGGAAGAAUCGAGGACGUCACCCCAAUCCCAUCCGACUGCACUAGAAGAAAGGGAGGUCGCCGUGGACGUCGUCUCUAA